AAUUAACUGAAAUGUGUUAGUCACACGCGAUAUUUCACUUGGCUCAAGGGGGGGCGCUGCAUCAUUCGUGGUGGACGACAUGUUCACUGUUGCCUUGUUUUUAUUUUCAAUAAUAUCAACAGAUUUUUUUUUAUACAUAUCUUUUUCUUACAUUUGUUAAAAUAUCAUUGAUUUCAAUCAUCUCUGACGCCUCCCUGUCGGGUUGAGGAGGCGGAGUGGCUUGCUUGCUAAACCAGCAACAACCUACUUAGGCUAGCUGAUGUGGCUGGAGGCUAGCUAGCUGUCAGCAGAGGUCUGAAAUUACGGAAAUUGUCAUUCAAUCAUUUUGCUUGCUCUUCAAGGACCCACUCCAUGUGACCUUUGACAGUCCUGCUGAAUGGGAGAAAUGAGGGCCAUUUGUGAGUGAGAAACUUGUGUGUCUCAGUGAUGUGCCAUGGGGUAUGACGUCACCAGGUUCCAAGGGGAGGUGGAUGAAGACUUGCUGUGUCCCAUCUGCAGCAUGGUACUGGAGGAGCCAGUGCAGGCCCCGCACUGUGAGCAUGCCUUCUGCAACGCCUGCAUCACCCAGUGGUUCAAUCAGCAGCAAAUUUGUCCUGUGGACCGCACCGUGGUGACACUGGCUCACCUCCGGCCUGUGCCCCGCAUCAUGCGCAACAUGCUCUCCAAACUCCAGAUUGCUUGUGACAAUGCUGGCUUCGGCUGCACAGCCACACUGCGGCUAGAUCAACUUCAGUCUCACCUGAAGGACUGUGAGCACAACCCCAAAAGGCCCAUCAACUGUGAGGAGGGCUGUGGGUUAGAGAUGCCAAAAGAUGAGAUGUGCAACCACAACUGCAUCAAGCACUUACGUGGUGUGGUACAGCAGCAGCAGACCAAGAUCUCUGAACUGGAGAAGAAUGCUGUAGAGCACAAGCAUCAGCUGGGGGAACAAAAACGGGACAUCCAGCUGCUAAAAGCCUACAUGAGAGCAAUACGCAGCGCCAACCCCAACAUGCAGAACCUGGAGGAGAGCAUUGAGUACAACGAGAUCCUGGAAUGGGUAAAUUCCCUCCAACCUGCGCGGGUGACACGCUGGGGCGGGAUGAUCUCCACGCCAGACGCAGUUCUCCAGGCGGUCAUCAAGCGUUCACUCAUCGACAGCGGGUGUCCUCUUUCCAUCGUUAAUGACCUGAUUGAGAAUGCCCACGAGCGCAACUGGCCGCAGGGCCUGGCCACGCUGGAGACGCGGCAGAUGAACCGGCGUUACUACGAGAACUACGUUGCCAAGCGGAUCCCUGGGAAACAGGCGGUGGUGUUGAUGGCCUGUGAGAAUCAACACAUGGGAGAGGACAUGAUCCUAGAGCCUGGCCUGGUCAUGAUCUUUGCCCAUGGGGUGGAGGAGAUCUUAUAAGAAUGCAAGGAGGGAAGGAGAUUUUAUAAGAAACUAGCCAACAUUAGGAGAAUGUCUAGUAUAGUUUGGCAGAGAGGAGACCAGACAUUUAUGUAAGGGAUUUAUUCCUCUUUAAAAAAAAAUACUCCUCUCUAAAAACAUACAAAUUAUGGGUCUAUUUCUCGAUGGAAAAAAUAUAAAAAUACAUACAUUCAACUUAUCAGGUGCAGGAUAGAAGAACGUAUCAAAGAAAAAAUAAAUGGUAUGCUCCCAUGGUGAUGUAAUCAGACCCUAAAGAAAGAAAAUGUUUUGAUCCAUGAAGAUCCAACUCGGAUCGAAACGUUGUCUUUUUUUGCGUCUGAUUAAAUCACCAUGGGAGCAUACCAGAGUGGCAGACAUAUACAUAUUUGCGUCUGAUUAAAUCAUCAUGGGAGCAUACCAGAGUGGCAGACAUAUAUAUAUUUGCGUCUGAUUAAAUCAUCAUGGGAGCAUACCAGAGUGUCAGACAUAUAUAUAUUUGCGUCUGAUUAAAUCAUCAUGGGAGCAUACCAGAGUGGCAGACAUAUAUAUAUAUUUGCGUCUGAUUAAAUCAUCAUGGGAGCAUACCAGAGUGGCAGACAUAUAUUUGUUUUCAAUUUCACAAUGGUUAUGUAAUUGUUUGUCUUUUGAAAGAUGAAAGUGAAAAGGGGUGGGGGGGGGGGGGAUUAAGCAGAAUGGAAGAUCUGAAAGGAUCCUAAAGUGACCAGAAGAGGAGUAUUACUUACAUAUGAGCUUAAUAUCUUUGCCUUAAAAGGACAUUUCCAAAAAUACACCUGGAAAAAGAACAUAACUGAUGAUAACCAAGAUAUUCUAAGAUGGAAUGUUUACAAGAGUCACAUAAUGUGCUAUUAAAAGCUUUGUCUGAUCUAAGUUCUCGUAGAUUCCCCCAUCCUACGUCUUCUGUUGUGUAAAUAAAUGAGUGUAAGAAAUUAUGUAAAUACAAAUAUUAUAUUGAAAAAAUAUACCCUCUAGCUAUUCUUCUUAUACAAUAAUUAGACAAUGUGAUUUUUGUCUGUUGGUUUCCAUCUGCGUUCACACAGGAAGCACAAUUCUGAUUUAUUUUCCCACUAAUUGGUCUUUUGGCCAAUCAGAUCUUUUCACAUCAGAUCAUUUCCAGAGCUGAUCUGAUUGGUCAAAUUAGUGAAAAAAAGAUCAGAAUUGGGCUAUCUGUGUAAACAUUGGCCAUGUGUUUCAGGAUGCUACCUGGACAUGUUUUGCUUACUCCAGCAUUGUUUUUCUGUGAAUAUGUCAUGAUGUUUAGCUUAUUUUUUUGUGCCAUGCAUUUUAUUUAUUUAUUUGGAAGACUAUGCUUGAAGAUGUUUCCGUGUUAUGUAAAUACAAUUAAGCUCAUAAUUGUCCUUUUGCUUCUGUUGUACAUAGUCAACAUAAAGUUGGGUCCAACUGACAUUAAACGUUUGGGAUGUAACAUUGUGUAGCCUAAUCUGAUUUAUUUCAAUCACGAUUGAAGCUUUUUUUGUGUUUUUGACUGUUUUUUUUUUACCAAACUAUUAUCUAAAGGAUUUUAAUAACUGAAUGAAACUAAAAUAACAAACGAAAAGGGACUUGAUCUAAAGACAUGGAGUAAAAAAAUAAAAA